AUGCUCGACACCACCGGUUUGAAAGACUAUGUGCCAACCACGGAGGGCGAGUUUCUGGAGUUCAUGCAGGAACACGGCCUGGGCGUCACGCUCGCGAAGAACACCCUCCAUCAGCCCGAACCCAACAGACGGGCCAAGGUCCCCGCGGAGCUGUCGACGAAUAAUACGCCCCAGAAGAGCGCGGACAAGCUCAAGGAGCUCGAGGAGAUAGAGGCGUUCGAGAGCCUGAUGAAGGCGUCCGGGUGGGAAGGGGAGGACGUGAGCCAGUGGACGCCCGACUCUGCCGCGAAAGACCUGUCCGAGCUGUCUAUCGACAAGAAGAAGAAGAAGAAGACUGACGGCGAUGCCGCCCAGGCGGAGGAGGAGCCCCGCGGCAGGACCCUGGGAUCGAUCCCGCACUCGCCUCCCAGCCCGAGCGAGGAGCGCCGUCGCAAGAGGCCGAAUUAUGGGGAAGGCUCCGGUACCCGGGGCGAAAGCUCUCAUGCCGGAGGCAGGGGCCCUAGCGCUGGGGGCAUAGGCAGGGGCACUAGUGCGGGGGGCAGGGGCACUAGUGCUGGGGGCAGAGGUGGUGGUAGAGGCGGCGGUAGUGGUGGUGGUACUGGUGGCGGCAGUGGCGGUGGUACUGGUGGCGGUAGCGGUGGUAGUGGUGGUGGUGGUGGCAGCGGUGGUGGGAAAUAA